AUGUCGUCCACGGAGAACGCGGCCCCCGGCGCGGCGUCGGACCUCAGCGUCCAGUACGAUACGCCCAUGGGACUCGCCCACGGGACGAUGCAGGCGCUCAAGGACCGGAUCAAGUUGCACUAUGACUUGGCGAGCGACUACUACCUCCGACUAUGGGGCGAACACAUCCACCACGGGUACUGGCCCACCGACGAGUCCAAAGCCACAGAGACCAAGGAAAAAGCCCAAGUGAACCUCAUCGAGCUCCUCCUCUCCGGCGCCGGGCUCGCCCCUUCUUCCGCCGCCCCGGGACUCCGCGUCCUCGACGUCGGAUGCGGCCUCGGCGGCACGAGCCGGUACUUGGCCCGCACGCUCGGAUGUUCCGUCACGGGCGUCACCAUCUCGACCAAGCAGGUAGAGAUGGCGACGCGGCUCAGCCGCGCCGAGGCCGACAAGGACGCCAACGACAAGACUAAGGCAGCCGACGCCGAUGAUGGUGAUUUCGUCCCCAUCGGCCAGGGCAAGGUCCGCUUCCUCGAGCUGGACGCCGAGACGAUGGGUGCCGACGAGGCGCUGAGCCACAUCCCUGGCAAGGAUGCCUUCUUUCGAAAUGCGUUUGCUGUGCUGAAGCAAGGGGGCACGCUUGUUAUUGCGGACUGGUUCAAGGGCGAGGGUUUGGAGGAGGGGAAUGCGGAUAUCAAGAACAUUGAGGACGGCAUGCUCCUCCCGCCCCUGCACACGCAGCAAGGCUACGUCGACCUCGCCACGGCCGCCGGCUUCACCGUCCGUUCCGCGCCCAAGGACAUUAGCGCCGACGUGAGCAAGACCUGCCAGGGCCGCGACGGCAUUGCCUUCCUACAGGCCUUUAGGGCUAUGCGGAGGGGUUACGCCAACGGAAGCUUUAGGUACGCCGUCAUGGCCUUCGCCAAGUAG